AUGUCUCUCCAUACCUCAUAUCAUGCCGACUCGGAUGCCGACGACGAGUACGAACGGAGUGUCGUCACUUCUCCUCACCUAGUCGCCGAUUCCGAUGCCGAUGCCACUGACUCCGAAACUCACUCCACGGAGCACACGCCUACCUAUACAAUUCCCGAUGACCGUCGCUCCCCCAGAACUAUCAUAGUCGAAUGGACCGCUGAGGAAUGUGCCAGCUUUCUGGUAGGUCUUGGCCUCCGUCAAUACUGCGGGGCUUUUCUAGAUAACGAAAUUGUUGGCGAAGCUCUCAUUGCUCUAAAACAUGACGAACUGAAGGAAAUGGGCAUUACCAGUGUUGGGCAUCGGUUGACUAUCCUGAAAAGUGUAUAUGAAACCAAGGUCAAGCAGGAUAUCCCGCUGGAUGCAGACCACUAUAUCCCUCUCUCGGCGGACCAAAGCAUGAACGAAAAUGCGACACAAGAGGACAUCGCCCGUCUAAUCCAGUCUGUCCGGUUACGAGAUGAGAAGAUCACCUCUGUCGAAUAUGAGUUGCGACGCGUGAUGGAUGACUACCGGCGACUGCGAGAAGAACUUCUUCCGGUGUUCAAAAUGGCCAAGGACCGGUCACAACCGCUCCCUCCUCCGUCAUCCGUGGGAACCUCUGAAUCGCAUUACGAUGGUCCAACACUGAAUUCGCCAUCUGGAUUCAAUCUGUAUGAUCGUGCCAGCUCCGCCAUGUCUCGAACAUUCUCCAAGAAGGCUCAUACUGGAGGCCUCACUCCAAAGACCACCUCUCCCACCCAUAUCCCACCGUCCAUCUAUGAAGAACGCCCCUACAAUGAUAAUGGCUCUCUAAAUCCGUCAACUGCGAUUUCUCAACACUUAUCUGCGAUGAAUGGCGGUUCUCAGUUGUCCCCAGGGAUCCCGUCCCCGACAUCUCCCGGCUCUCACUAUCUGCAACAACCAACACUGGCAUCACGAUCUUACACACAACCGGGCUCGAACAACAGCAUCCGAGCCGCGCACGAUCACCCCGAAGAAACUCCUACAGCACCAUCCUCCCGUUCCGAUCGACUGAACCCCACCCCGACGCAAUCUUCCCGAGAUAUUCCUUCACGGUCCGAGUCUAGAGCAGGGUCGGGCGGGGAUCCUCCUAGCGUUGAAAUCUUCAAAUCAUUCCGGGUGUCCAUGGAUGAUCCAUGCUAUAAAGUUCUUCCGGCUGCCCUCAAGAAGUAUAACAUCAAUGCUGACUGGAAACAAUAUGCGUUGUAUAUUGUAUACGGGGAUCAAGAACGGUGUUUGGGACUGGAAGAGAAACCGCUCAUUCUCUUCAAACAGCUAGAAAAGGAAGGGCGAAAGCCAAUGUUCAUGUUGCGAAAGCAAUUGCAACCCGUUGAGAACAAUCCGUUUCCCAGCAGCGGAGGGACGGGAUCUGCUCCCAACAGCGCAGGCUUUGAAAGCGCAGCAAGACAAGCCCAGAUAAAUUUGCCUGGCGGAGUUCUUUAA